GCAAGUUUGGCAUAUAUAAAUUACAUGAAUGUGUUAAAAGUAUUCAAACCAUAUCUCACUCACGAGAUGGCUUCUCAUCUAAAAGGUGUUGCAAAAUCAACUAUGUCAGAUCAAAUACGUAAGGAGUUGUGCGAGUACAAGAGAGAUAAUCCUGCAAGCACACAAAAAGACUUGCAGAGAUGGCUUGAGGGAAAAUUUCAGUUGAAAGUUAGUCAAGGAACAAUAUCAAACACACUUAAGCGGUCAAAUGACUAUCUCUCUGCUGAAAUAGAAAAGGGAAGAGCGGAGAUCAAAAGACACAAACCAGCAAAAUAUCCUGACAUGGAGAAAGUUGUUUAUGAGUGGUUUCUACAGCAUCAAGAACGUGUGAAUAUCACAGGAGAAUUAAUUUUGCAGAAGGCAAGAGAUACAAUGAAACUCUUGUACCCUCAUGAUGAUUCAGAUUUUAACUUCUCUACAGGAUGGCUUGGGAAAUUCAAGCACCGACAUGGCAUAAAGUCAUUUCGUCGUUUUGGCGAGAGUGGGUCUGUUGAUGUGCAAGACAUGGAGCAGAAAUUGGUAUCGAUUCGAGAGAAAAUUGAUCAGUUCCCUAUGAAAGAUGUUUUCAAUAUGGAUGAAACUGGGUUGUUUUAUAGGCUACAAGCUGAUCAUUCACUGGCAACAAAACAACUUGAAGGAAAAAAACAAGAUAAAGAAAGGCUGACAGUAGUUAUUUGUUGCAAUGAAGAUGGCUCUGAAAAAAUCCCUCUAUGGAUUAUUGGGAAAUAUGCAAAGCCUCGUUGCUUCAAGAAUGUCAAUAUGAAUAGCUUGGAUUGUCAGUAUCGAGCUAACAAAAAAGCAUGGAUGACUAGUGUGCUUUUUGAUGAAUAUGUUCGUUCAUUUGACCAAAUGAUGCAUGGUAGAAGAGUUCUACUUGUGGUGGAUACUUGUCCAGCACAUUCAAGAAAUAUUGAAGGGCUAAGAAACGUUGAGUUGUUCUUCUUGCCACCCAACAUGACAUCAAAGAUCCAACCUUGCGAUGCUGGGAUAAUAAGAGCUUUCAAGAUGCAUUACCGUAGAAGGUUUUACCGCAAAAUAUUGGAAGGUUAUGAGGUGGGACAAUCUGAUCCAGGGAAGAUAAAUGUCCUUGAUGCUAUCAAUUUGGCAAUCCCAGCUUGGACGAUAGAUGUUCGAAAAGAAACAAUAGCGAAUUGCUUCCGACACUGUAAAAUUCGUUCAGCUAGUGACGUUGUAGGAAAUUUGGAUGAAUCCACUUUUGAUGAAGAAACUCAAGACCUCCAGACUAUGAUCAAUCAAUGUGGCUAUCGUAAUAAGAUGGAUAUCGACAAUCUAAUGAACUACCCAGGUGAAAAUGAAGCAUGUUCGGAGGUUCAGAGUUUAGAAGAUAUUGUGCGUACUAUCAUUGAGAACAAUGCAGAGGAUGACGACGAAGAUGAUACGGUGUCUUUGAAGCCUGUUACGCGAAAGGAAGCACUUAUGGCGUCGAACACUCUUCACAACUUUAUGAUACAAUACAAAAAUACAACACCUUAGCUAUUGGAUGCAAUAAGAAAAGUUAGAGAUGAGCUCCAAACAGACUUGAACUUUAAAGGAAAACAAACAACUAUUGAAUCAUAUUUCAACAAAGUGUAAUAUAUUUUUUUUCAGUUUCUAUGAAUUAUUAAUUUAUGAUUUUCUUGGGACCGAAAAUUAUAAAGGGAUCUCCCAAAAAAUUAUUAUCUUAUUAUUUUAUCGAAUUAUUCAAUUUUUUACACUGGCCCAAGUCGGGACCGGACAAAUUUAUUAUUUUAGAGAGUUUAUUAAUUUACCGAGUAUUAAUUUAAAGAGUUUCUACUGUAUAUCAUGAAUUGGAGAUGGAUUAGAAAAACUUGUCAGAUUCAUGUGACUUUUACAAACAUGCACAUGAUUUAGAGUUGAGCCCAUUUAGUGGGAUAAGAUUUAGUUGUUGUUAUGCAUGAUAAGGAGGUUUAUUCCCAACUGUGUUUGAAAGGAUAUUUAUCUGUUGAAAAUUGGUUUGGUGUCCACAAUAUGCUUCACUUGUUUUUCGCUGUAUUAUAUAGAUCUUGUAAAAUAAAUAAUAUGUAUAUAAUCUUGCAUAUGCAGUGAUCAUGGUGGUGACAAAUUUGUGUUUUCUGAGUAGUUUUUUAUGACCCUAAUUAGGGAACCUUGGACAUAAAUGAUGAUAUUGAUUCAGUUUGGGGAUUCAAUGCCAGUAGCAUCACUAAGGAAGUAUGCAAGUUCUCGCCUGCGCAAAAUCCUUCCUACUUUUGAAGGACGCAUAUUUCUAUAUUUCUCCUGCUUUAUUCUAACUUGAUGUUGAUGUUAGUGUAAUAUUUUGGAAAGAGGGGGCUGUUUUCUCCUGCUUUAUUCUAACUUGAUGUUGACUUGAUGUUGAUGUUAGUGUAAUAUUUUGGAAAGAGAGGGCUGUUUUUGAUUUUGUGGAAGUCGAGGAAGUAGAAAUUUGGGGCCUAACUCAUCCUCACAAAACCGGCUU